AUGGAGGGCCAUGAUCCAAAGGAACCAGAACAGUUGAGAAAACUGUUUAUUGGUGGUCUGAGCUUUGAAACGACAGAUGAUAGCUUAACAGAACAUUUUGAGAAAUGGGGCACACUUACAGACUGUGUGGUGAUGAAAGACCCCCAAACAAUACGUUCCAGGGGCUUUGGUUCUGUGACUUACUCUUGUGUUGAAGAGGUGGAUGCAGCAAUGUGUGCUCGACCACACAAGGUUGAUGGGCAUACAGUGGAACCAAAGAGAGCUGUUUCUAGAGAGAAUUCUGUAAAGCCUGGUGCCCAUCUAACAGUGAAGAAAAUUUUUGUUGGUGGUAUUAAAGAAGAUACAGAAGAAUAUAAUUUGAGAGACUACUUUGAAAAGUAUGGCAAGAUUGAAACUACAGAAGUUAUGGAAGAUAGGCAGAGUGGAAAAAAGAGAGGAUUUGCUUUUGUAACUUUUGAUGAUCAUGAUACAGUUGAUAAAAUUGUUGUUCAGAAAUACCACACUAUUAAUGGGCAUAACUGUGAAGUGAAAAAGGCCCUUUCUAAACAAGAGAUGCAAUCUGCUGGAUCACAAAGAGGUCGUGGAGGUGGAUCUGGCAACUUUAUGGGUCGUGGAGGAAACUUUGGAGGUGGAGAAGGUAACUUUGGCCGUGGUGGAAACUUUGGUGGGAGAGGAGGCUAUGGUGGUGGAGGUGGUGGCAGUAGAGGUAGUUAUGGAGGAGGUGAUGGUGGAUCUAAUGGAUUUGGAGGUGAUGGUGGCAACUAUGGCGGUGGACCUGGUUAUAGUAGUAGAGGAGGCUAUGGUGGUGGUGGACCAGGAUAUGGAAACCAGGGUGGUGGAUAUGGUGGUGGUGGUGGUGGAGGAUAUGAUGGUUACAAUGUAGGAGGAAAUUUUGGAGGUAACUAUGGUGGUGGUGGGAACUAUAAUGAUUUUGGAAAUUAUAGUGGACAAAAGCAAUCAAAUUAUGGACCCAUGAAGGGGGGCAGUUUUGGUAGAAGAAGCUCGGGCAGUCCCUAUGGUGGUGGUUAUGGAUCUGGUGGUGGAAGUGGUGGAUAUGGUAGCAGAAGGUUCUAAAAACUCAGAAGAAAAGGGCUACAGUUCUUAGCAGGAGAGAGAGCGAGGAGUUGUCAGGAAAGCUGCAGGUUACUUUGAGACAGUCGUCCCAAAUGCAUUAGAGGAACUGUAAAAAUCUGCCACAGGAGGAACGAUGAUCCAUAGUCAGAAAAGUUACUGCAGCUUAAACAGGAAACCCUUCUUGUUCAGGACUGUCAUAGCCACAGUUUGCAAAAAGUGCAGCUAUUGAUUAAUGCAAUGUAGUGUCAAUUAAAUGUACAUUCCUGAGGUCUUUUAUCUGUUGUAGCUUUGUCUUUUUCUUUUUCUUUUCAUUACAUCAGGUAUAUUGCCCUGUAAAUUGUGGUAGUGGUACCAGGAAUAAAAAAUUAAGGA